GGGAAGCAUGAUUCACAAAUUACGAUAAAUUCUACUCCGAUUUCUUCAGGAUGUACGAAGAAAUAUUUAUCUCACAAGAUGGCGUUGACUAGCUCCUUUGUUGCAGGAUUAAAACACAAUGAAAAUAUGCCACAUGAAAACCUUUUCACCAGAAAGCAGCAGUUCACUUCCUGUGGAGUGGGAUAUGUGGACCUUAAUGCAGUUCAGUUUGAUGAUUCGUCUUGUCACUCAGUUGGUGCCAUACUGGUCUACCCUUUGAUUAAUUCCAAUAACGAAGACAGAAGUUCUGUUAACAGUGGAAGGAAUGAAUGUGAAACGAGUCUUAUUAGUCCCGCAUUUGAAUACAGGCCCCAAAUAAACAUUUCCGAGGAGAGUGGCGGCCACGGAGGGAACACAAAGGAAUGGAAGGGAUGAACAUAUGCUGAAACUACAAAGUGGUCAUGCUCCUGGUCUGGAGCCUGAAUGUGUAAUUUCUAUACAGUCGGGUUGUGAGAAGACUGGAGAAGCAGAUAAUGUAUUAUGCUCUGAUAAAAUCCGAAAUACCAUUGAAGAUGAACUUCCCGACGGGUUUUCUCCAUCAGAGAAGUCUAGCUGCAUUUCAGAUGAUGAGUCUAGUCCUGUAAGGACUAUGGAAUCAGGAAUUAAACCCUGUAAUUCAAAUCUUGCUGAUUCUUAUCAAUUUUCGGGAACUGAUGGGAGAUCUAAAGUUGCAGAAACUCUAUCAGGUGAGCAGGAUCAAAGAUCUUCCGGUAGUAACGAAAUAAAACAUGAAUGUUAUGAUAACUGAGAAGAAUUGGCUGAAGUGGAUAAUUUGAUCCAAAUAGCAGCGGAAUCACUUAUGCAUUUCACCUCGAAGAACUCAGCAUGCUAUCAGGAAUCUUCAAAUCAGACGGCAUCCA